AUGAGUGGCGAAUCAGAUCCCAACAAAGAGUUUAUGGAGCAGCUGCGGCUGCAAGAGCUCUAUGGGCAGAGAAAUGAAGAUGGCUCAGACCCAUACACCUACACCGAUCCAGAGGAUGGCACUGUGUAUGACUGGGAUCAUGAAAAGAAGGCCUGGUUUCCCAAAAUAACAGAGGACUUCAUGGCAGCCUACCAGGCCAACUAUGGCUUCACUCAGGAAUCGGCUCUGGAUGGAAAGAACACUUCUCUGACCGGCACCAACCCAGCAGCACCUGGGACUGACAGCAAACCACCACAAAAACCACCAGAAAAGGAGAAACCAGAAGAUCCCGCCCCAAACUCGGCCUCAGAGCAGCAUGAGACGCCAGGCAAAGAAACCAAACAGAAAGGGGAGAAGAGGAAAGCUGAGCAAGGAUGGUUUGAUAUUGAUGAAAGUAAAAACACGAAUGUCUAUGUGUCAGGCCUGCCUCCUGACAUCAGCUCCGAGGAGUUUGCCGAGCUGAUGUCAAAGUGUGGGAUUGUAAUGCGGGACCCCAUCACCGAAGAGUACAAGGUCAAACUUUACAAAGACAAAGAAGGAAAUCUGAAGGGAGAUGGUCUUUGCUGCUAUCUAAAGAAGGAGUCUGUGGAUCUGGCUAUACGCCUGAUUGAUGAGUCAGAGGUCCGAGGUUAUAAACUGCAUGUGGAAGCAGCACGAUUUGAGCUGAAGGGGCAGUAUGACGCCAGCAAAAAGAAGAAGAAAAGCAAAGAUUAUAAGAAGAAGCUACAGCAGCAGCAGAAACAGUUGGAUUGGAGGCCGGAGAAAAAAGGAGACUUGAGGAAGAGGCAUGAAAAAGUUGUCAUCAUCAGGAAUAUGUUCCAUCCCAGUGACUUUGAGGAGGACCCACUGGUGCUGAAUGAGUAUCGUGAGGAUCUGCGGAGUGAGUGUGAGAAGUUUGGGGAAGUUAAGAAGGUCAUCCUCUUUGAUAGACACCCGGACGGCGUGGCAUCAGUCGCUUUUAAGGAGCCUGACCAAGCUGAUGCAUGUAUUCUGUCGUUCAACGGGCGCUGGUUUGGAGGAAGGCAGCUAUCUGCUCAGCUUUGGGAUGGAACGACAGACUAUCAGGUAGAAGAGACGACACGCGAGCGAGAGGAGCGGCUGAAGGGUUGGUCUCAGUUUUUGGAGGGUGGAGACGGAGAACAGCAGAAGGACUCCAAGCCUGCAGAGAGCAGCACAGCGACAGAACCUAGCGAGCCCUCCAGCACCACUGAGCCAGAGCAGCAACCCAAAUCAGAACCGCAGCCCUCAGAGGAGCAACAGGAGGAGGAAGUGGACUCCACUGACAGCAGCCUAGCAGGAAGUGACGAUGAGGAAGCUUAGAUACUCUCAUCCUCCUUUUAUGGCCCUGGUUCAACCAACUAGGAUGUCCUGCUUAAAGUGAACUUUGGGAAAACUUCCUGUUGAGAAAGGGAGGAGGAAUUUGGACAGUUUGAGCUGUUUUGUAAUGUAGAAAAUAAAACUAAUUUUCUCUAACCUAUUUUCAUCAUUGUGGUUCACCCUGUAAUUAGACACACACUCAACCAGCUUGCUACACCUUACAGCACUCCCAUAAUUCAGUGCAGUUUGCUGACACUAUGCAUUACGCUGACAAAGCUAAACAUUAACGACAAAACACAAGAGAGACUGAAACUUUGUUGGAUUUGAAUGUGUUUGGUUUCAUUAUGUUUUUCAUUUUAUUUCACAUUUGCUUUGUUUCAUUCUUUAAUCACUGACAAUUUUCUGAGCAGUAUUGGAACAUAAAAUAAUCACAUGAUGGAAAUGUGAGAUUGCAAAGGGAGAAACAAUCAGCGUUUGCACACACUGCAAAAAUCAUUGAGUGAAAGUUGUAAAGAAAAAACAUAAAAAUGGCAUAAAAAUUGAAAAA